AUGAACAAGCAUUCUAUCGAUCAGCAGGCGGCGGAAUCCCUCGGCAAGUCCCCCUCCGCUUCCGACCUCGCCGCGCUGCACGCCACAACAUCUCGCUCCGCCGAUGACCUCCUCGACGUGCCGCCCCCGCGCAGGCCGCCGCCGUCCGGCCCGCCCCCCUCCCUCGGCCUCCGUCUCGCAGCGAAGCGCCCCUCCCUGCCUUCACCAGGGCCCCGCCGCUCCGCGUCCGCGGCUGCGGUGCUCGCGGUGCAGGAUCAGGCCGGUGGUGAGCCAACGGUGGAGGUGGUGUCCGAGGUGAAGCCAGAAGCAGAUCGUGGGGAUCGCGAGGACGGUAAGGGUGUCGCUUCCGAGAGCGGGAGCGAUGAGGACUCAGAUGGAUCAGGGAGCGACGACUCGGAGGAUUCCGAGGAGGAGAGGCGGAGGGAGGAGGAGAGGAGACGGCGGCGGGCUGAGCGGCUUGCGGCCAUGGCUGCACGCGCUAUUGCUGAGCGCGAAGAGGUUGUUGCGAGGCUCGAGGGGGAGAAGGCCGGGCUUGAGAAGCUGCUCGCUGAGUGUGAGAAGGAACAGGCGCAGGAGGCUUCAGAGUUGCAGAUUAGUAUGAUCGAAACAAUGGAAGCAGUGGAGAUAGAGAAACAGAGACAUCAUAGCACUAGAAUGGAAGCCCUUGCACGAUUGGCUAGACUUGAGGUUACAAACGGUGAACUUGCAAAGUCACUUGCCAGGGAACAAUGGAAUCUGGAAGUUCAAGUUGAUCAAGUGGCGCAGCUUCGAGAGGAAGUUGAAUUGAAGAAACUUGCUCAGGAUAAAUCUUUGAGAAGGUUCAAGCUGCAGGAAGAAAUUAUUGAUGCAGAAUACGCUCUGAUAUGUGACAGAAUUGUGAGCUUGAAGGACAAGGCAAGGAAGAUUGAAGAAAGCAUUGAGCUGACUAGAAGAGACAUGGUUCAUCCUACAGAGGUGGAAACUGAGCUCAAGAAGAGGCUUGAUCAACUAACUGAUCGGUUGAUUCAGAAACAAAUGCAGGUUGAGUCCCUAUCUUCAGAGAAGGCAGCUCUGUUAAUGAGAAUCGAGGCAGUCACGAGGUUGCUCGACAACAGUGCCUCAUCAUUAGCUUCGUCAAGCUCAUCAAGAUUGGACAUUGAGGCUGGUGCAUGGCAACAAUCACAUUCACCAAAGCUUGGUGACAGGAUAAGGGCUGGACAACAGCAACUGGGAUCUGCAAUCCGACAGCUUGAUUCGAUCUUCUCAGCCGGGCAUAUCUUUUUGAGGCGGAAUCCAAAGGCCCAGGCGUUUUGCCAAAAAGAGAAGACACUUGUCCUUCCAACUAGGCGUUUUGCCAAAAAGAUUUCAAACAUGAAGCUCGAAAAUUGCUUCUGA